UCAGCGAAACAAUCCUAUGGUUCCAUUCAGUAACCUGAUGCUGGGUAGUGUAUUAUCACGCUUCUAUAAAAUGGUGUCGUUCAUAACAAAUAACAUUAGUAAAUACCAUGCAAAGUUGCAUUAUUUAAGACAUUUGAAUUUUAAAAAUCACAUUGUAUGAAUACCUAAUAGUUAUGUAUUAUGCUAGAAAUGAUUGUAUAAAAAUUUAUUUGUUUUUGUGUUUGUAGAAACUAUUCAUGGAGAAAACACAAAGAUUGCCCAUUCUAUAUGUCGAUGAAGCUUCUCCGCCUGCACGAUUUGUAAUGAUGACGGCAUAUUUAUUAAAUAUUAAAUUAGAAAUACGAAAAAUCAAUUUAUUUGCAGGAGAACAUAAAGAUAUAUCUUAUGCAAAAAUCAAUAAUCUACAAAAAGUACCAACAUUAAUCGUGGAAGAUAAUGCAAUUAUCGACAGCCAUGCUGCAGCCAUAUAUUUAUGCCAGCAAGUAACAAAUCAGGAGCUGUAUCCAAAAGAUAAUAUUUUUACACAAGCAAAGGUUAACGAAUUACUUUUUUUUAACUCUGGUACACUCUUUCGAUUGGACAGUGAAAUUAUGUCCAGUUAUUUCGCUGGAAAGUGGCCAGUAGCGAAGUCCAAAAUUGACGAAUGGUAUAACGCUCUUGAUUAUAUAGAAUCGAAGUUGAAUGCAAAUACAUGGUUAACUUGUGAUAAGAUGUACCUAUGUGAUAUCUGUAUUAUGCAGACAAUAUCUUCGAUGCUUCAAAUAUUACCUCUUUUAGAUCACCACAAAAAUAUAGAAUGUUGGUUACAAGAAUUUGAGAAAUUACAAUGUUUUGAUAUAAAUAAACGAGGAUUAGCGAGACUUAAAUAUUACACUGAGUUGUAUAAACCAAAGAACAAUAAUUAUUUACUUAAUGAUUGAUUACAC